GUAGCCGUUACAAUGUAGGAAGGGACUGCUCACGACUCCAAAGCUUCCGUUUUCUUCACGCCCAGAAUCGAAUCAACCACAAUCCCAAUCAAUAAUAAUGUGUAUGCACCAUGACAUCUUCUUCGAACAACAACAACAACAACAAUGAUCAUGCCGCGAGCGCCACCAGGAGAAAACAUCUGAAAGAAGUAGAAGCCGAAAGCGGCAAGGCAUUACUUCAUGUACUGGAUUCAUACCCAAUCGAAAAGUACUAUGGCAUGGCGGAUCGCCUGGUGACGGCCUUUCAACUCGCUUUGGACGAACGGCGCCUCGACGAUGCAUACGUAUUUGGUCUUCGCUUUGCCACAUUUUCCUUGGAAGGACUUCCCAAACAUGGCAACUACCAGCGGCAAAACAAGAUGCAGCGGGUCAAAAACUCUCGACAAGUCGAUCAAGUCCUCCAAAAGAUGGAACUUGUCGCCACUCGCAUGGACGCCGAAGAACGACUCAAGGAAAAGUUGCGCCGACAAGCUCAAGAAAGAAAAAAACGAGAAGAGCUUGCUCGCAAACAAGAAGAAGAUCAAAAACAAAAAGCAGAGCUUUCCAAAAAGCAACGCCAUGCUGAUAUUCUACGCCAACAGCGGGAAGAACUCGUGGCACAAAGAGUCAUGGAGAAACUCCAAAAACAAAAGGACGAAAAACAAAAAUUGGAACAACGGGCUCUUGAAAAGUUGAAACUUUUGAACACGAAAACCAAACCAUCACAACAACAACAACAACAACAAGAGCAACAAAAAAGCAAACCUAUCAAGCAAGAACCACAGGGAGAGAAGAAUUCGGCAAACUCGCAUGCUCCAUUGUAUCAAGCAUCUGUGGAAGGGUACAAAUAUCAGAAGCCUGGCCACAACAACAAGGCUGAAGAAGCAACCCCUCAAGAAACUACCACUGUGCCGCCAAAGAAAUCAGAGCCCAAGAGCAUGAAACAAAAAGUCACGCCGAAAAAGAAGCCACAGUCGACGGCCGGUUCUGCUGGUGUCGAGAGUGGUUUGUCUCUUCUGAACUUCCCCUCGGCACCAUCCGAAAAGCCCAAAAUGACAAGGACGUCGAAUAGUAAAAGACAAGUCACAUCAUCCAAAAGUGUUGCGCCUGCACAGAAAAAUACAGAAAAACCUUCGAUUCAAGCAACGGUGUAUAACUCGGAACAGCAGGCGACAAAGAAGCUCUUGCAGCAGGCACCUAAAAAGACUUCCAGCAGGUCGGUGGUCAGUCAAGGCCAGUUCAACACUCCAAGUACCUCGACUACUAGCAAUCAACAGAUAGGCACCCAAACAACGGAGCAAAAGGCUUCGUGGUGGGACACUUCAGCCAAUGCGGAAACGAACUCGCAAAAACCCUGGUGGCAGCGAGGUGUAGCUGCUACUGGGACAACUCCAGUCAAGGAAGAUGCCGAUUCUACCAAGCCAACAACAACAACAGCAAACACUGCAGAAACCAACAAACCCGAAGGCAAGAGUAAUGCUCCCAGCGCUGUUCCUGGGUCUCACUCGGUUGGAAAGGAAGCUACAACUCCCAUGAUCAAAUCAACGGCGCCUCUCAAAUCCACGAUGAAGCUCUUUCAAAAGCUUUCGCCCAAGAAAGCGCCCAACAGCAAAAAGAUCAUGCCAAACAAUCCACUACCACCGCAACCCAAGGAGCCAACUUCGGAAGGAUAUGAAAUCACAAUGGGGUCCACAACGUCACUACAAGUGGUGGAGACAGAGCCGGAGGAAGAACCCUACGUGGAGGGAUCGUAUAGAUCCAAACUCACACCUCAGGAAGCCAAGACAGUGCAACUAUUGGAAGACACAAUUCGACUUCAGCAGGCGCGGCUGGAAAGGUUGGAGGGCAGUAAGGAACGUGCUUUGCUUCGUCAAGAAGCCAAGAAGAGGCUUAAACAGGGAGACCGCAAGGGGGCUCUGUAUUGUUUGGCCAAGAAGAAACGUCUUAACCAAACCAUAGACGUUAUCAAGAGCGCGGUCUUCAAUAUGGAAACACAAAUCAUCAUGUUGGAAUCGGCUGUCGAAUCUCGUGAAGUGGGAAUGAUAAUGAAGGAGGCAUCGGAUGCGGUGUCAUCUGUACAGAAAGGUGUACGAAUCAGCGACUUUACAGAUGAAAAAGUGGGUGAGUUGUUGGCUGCGGCAGGCCAGGGAGGAAUGAUGGCAGACUUUGACGAAGAGGAGCUUCUAAGCGAGCUGCAGGAGCCAGACGAAGAAGAAGUGGCAGCGAUGACAGACGAUGAAUCUACUAGUUUGCUGUCGCUCCCGACGGCCCCACAGUGUGAGGUUGAUCCUCUUGACAAGCACGAAACUUCUGCUUCACGUAUCAUUGCGAGCUUGUUCUAAGCAAUCUCUAGAGCUAAAAUAUCUGGUAAUGUUGGUUGUUGUUGUUAUAGAUAGCGCUAAUGCUACAAUAGUACAAGAAGCACCUCGGAUC